UAUUGUAUUGUAACGGCGGUAUUCACUGCACUUCUAUCAAUUUAUUUUUUAGUCGAGCUAAAGCUUCAGGGUCGGCGUGUAAUAGUAAAAGGGCCAAGAGGCACGUUGCACAAAGAUUUUCACCAUGUGCACAUGGACAUCGAGAAGCUGAACCCACGCACUGUGCGAGUUCGCAAAUGGUUCGGCACACGCAAGGAGGUAGCUUGCGUUCGCACGCUUUGCAGUCAUAUUGAGAAUAUGGUCAAAGGUGUCAGACAGGGUUUCCGAUAUAAAAUGCGUUCGGUUUAUGCCCAUUUCCCGAUCAAUGUAACUUUACACGAGAACGGAACUGUAGUGGAGAUUAGAAAUUUUCUCGGAGAGAAGGUUAUUCGUCGUGUUAUCCUCCCAGAAGGAGUUAGUGCCACUCUGUCGUCGCAGUUGAAGGAUGAAUUGAUCCUUGAAGGAAAUGACAUAUGCCUUGUCUCCCAAGCUGCUGCGAGAAUUCAGCAAUCGACAUCCGUGAAGAACAAAGAUAUUAGGAAGUUUUUGGACGGCAUAUACGUUUCUGAAAAAUCAUUCGUUCAAGAGGCGCAGGACGAUAAACCGCAGAAGCACCGUCGAUAG